AUGGCUUAUGAAUUCGGCGCAGUUUCGGUCGUUUUCUUUACACUUGGUCUUAYYUGCCACGGAGUAGAYUUUAUAUUACUUGCGGCUGUGCCAGAUAUUCUAGUAGGAACUGAUMUUCCCACAUCUAYGCUGUUGGCUGCAAUGUCUGUUCCAUCGAGUAUCAUGUUSUUCAUUGGACCGUAUUUUAUCACAAGCAUUUCUUAUAMAUGGCGUAUUUUCAUAGUCACCUCUUGCUUGGUCGUCGCCUAUCCAUUGAUAGCAUUCAUGGAGGGCACUACGUGGAAGCUGUUUGGUGURGCUUUGGAGUCAUUUUCCUAUGCACUCGGAGAAGCAACGUUCCUUGGGCUUUCAUCGUUGUUUUCAUCAGAAAGGGCGCUGUUUGCUUACUCGAUUGGCUGUGGAUGUGGAUUACUUGGAUCUGCUGUCUACUAUAUGGCGUUGACCACGUGGUUAUGUGUUUCCCCCAGCAUCACACUCAUCAUCCUAUUACCUCUUUGCCUGCUGUAUCCAGUUUGUUACUACGUCAUUACCAAGUUAUCCAAUCAAAAUCCAAGUCACUCGAUGAAUUAUGACCUACUUAUUUCAUCUAAAGAAGAUUGUGUCAAAGAAAAUGAAAUGAGACUAACCAACAAGCAGAASUUUUCCGCCAUUUGGAAAGUACUAGCCUACGUCGCUAUUCCCGAGUUCAUUUCUUCGGUGUCAAAAUACACAUCACUUGAAUCCAUUGUUACAACGAUUGUCUAUCCCAUUGGCCCAUAUCCAGCUCGCAAUUACUACCAGUACUAUUUCUUAAGUUAUCAUGUAGGCGAAGCACUUGGACGUGCYUUUCGACUAAUGCUACACGCCAUAAGUCCCCGUCUAGUUUACCAUAUAACACUUCCAGAACUGUGGUUUCUUGCCACUUUGCAAGUAUUUCACAUGAUUCUUUAUWUCACCGAGUCGUGGUAUCGUUAUCUGCCAGGGCUUUGGUCUCUUAUUGCUCUCUGUUUCACAGGAGGACUUUUUACUGGUAUAUUUUUAUAUAAUGCACUUGAAUUUUUGUCAAAGUCUCUUAAAGAGAAGGAGCGCGAGUUUGGAAUGGGGUAUGCAUUGUGCAUCGUUGAUGUCGGCGYUUUGGUUGCGUCAUUUCUUGGGCUCUAYGURGAAAAACAGUUGAAAAAACACUGUACUUCCAUGACGGGAGAUAGCUCUUUGUGUUUAUCGAGGGCAAAGUCAUAUCAAGAAGUAAUUCUCCAAUGUCAACAGACUUUUUAUUAACUAGAUAUUAUAACUAAAUGUUUAUGUACAGCUGAAAGGUAUUAMUUUCCUGUGCGGGCUUAGGGACUUCUCAUUUUAAGUAACGGUAUAUACACGAAUCUGCUGGGACAAUUAACUUUAAAAAUGAAAGCAGCUUUAUAGGCGGCUCCUAGACGAUUAAAAGACUUAAUUAAAUAGAGAAUGUAUAGACCUCAA